AUUUAAGCUCAACCAAUUUUGUCGAUUAUAUAUAAGGGAAUAUAGACAACUCAUGGAGAAGCACAUUGCUCAAUUAUUUACAUCACUUUUUCCCCCUCUUCUCGUUUCCGCUUAGAUUUUACCACCCAAUUCCUGUGUUAGCCUUUGUGUUGUUGUACCUUUGUCUGUAUUUUUUGUUUUCUUUACUAACAGGUUCAAUCAAUCUCGUGUGAGUUCGUUUUCCCUUUUCUAUGCCGUAUUGUUUGUAGAAGGUUCUAUGCAUACUGUAUCGACAGUUACCAGAGUUGAUAUAUAUUUCCUCUCCAUUAAUACAAUAUAAUCAACCGCUGUAUAUGGCAUUUGCUUCUGCAGGAAACCUUAAUGAAUCAUAGCUGCCAUACAUAUUCCGAUUAAAGUUAUUGGUAUGUAGAUUUGUUAAACCUUCCGAAAUAGCUUUUUUCCCUCUUUGGGAAGAUAUUAAUUCGAUGGCAUCGCGUUGAUUUUAAUUCCGUGCGAUUCUCUCCCAGAGUAACUGAUCCAAGAGAAGCUAUAUUUCUCAAAUUGUCAGUAUGGGCACACAUGGGGUUUAAUAUUAAUUUCUGGGAGAGUUCGAAUUACAGAGUAAUUUGUGCUGUACUUAGAAUUUUGGGUUUGUAUGCUUUUUGAUGUGAAGUCAGGAUUUCAUCUUGAUUUUUUUGGUGGUGGAAAUUUUGAUACUCAUAAGAUAAUUUUUCCUGUACACCCGACUGUUAGACUCGAUUAAGGGAGGUUGUUAGAAUGGAAGAAGGUAAAGAUCCUGUUCCAGGAACCAGGACAAGCCCAGCUAGGGUUUUGCCCAAAAGGCUGCUUCAUAUGCUUGUACUAUUUCUGGUCAUGUGUUUCACCUUCUCUGUUAUUAGCAUCUACAUGAUUAGGUACUUUAGAGUUAGUAGCAGAAUUACACCUCCGACUACUACCUUAUUGGCCUGUAAUACAGAACUUAAGAAUCUUGAGCAAUGGAUCAAGCCCCCAUCUGAUUUGAUGCACGGGAUGAACGAUAAGGAGUUGUUUUGGAGAGCGUCAUUGGUGCCGCGCGUGAAAAAAUAUCCCUUCAAAAGGGUCCCGAAAAUCGCGUUCAUGUUCUUGACAAAAGGGCCUUUACCUUUGGCUUCCCUUUGGGAGAGGUUUUUUAAGGGGCAUGACGGGCUUUAUUCGAUUUACAUUCAUGCUUUACCUUCUUACAGAGCUGACUUCCCCACCUCGUCGGUGUUUUACAAGAGGCAGAUACCGAGUCAGGUAUCGGAAUGGGGAAAAAUGAGCAUGUGUGACGCGGAGAGACGUCUGUUGGCAAACGCCCUUCUCGACAUAUCGAACGAGCGUUUCGUGCUGCUCUCCGAGUCGUGUAUCCCUCUCUACAAUUUCACCACAGUCUACAACUACAUCACAGCCUCCAAACACAGCUUCACUGGCGCGUUUGACGACCCUGGGCCAUACGGGCGUGGCCGCUACCGCCCAGAGAUGCUGCCCGAGGUCGACAUCUCCGAGUGGCGCAAGGGCUCCCAAUGGUUCGAAGUCAGCCGAGACCUCGCGCUCUACAUUGUCGAGGACAAGAAAUUCUACUCGAAAUUUGCUCGGUUUUGCAAGCCGGCAUGCUAUGUGGACGAGCACUAUUUCCCGACCAUGCUUACCAUCAGGGCCGGGGGUUCUUUGGCAAACCGAAGCCUCACGUGGGUUGACUGGUCAAGGGGUGGGGCCCACCCGGCGACGUUUGGUGGCCAAGACAUCACGGAGGAGUUCUUUGGGAGAGUGUUUGAGGGAAAUAAGUGUUCGUAUAAUGGCGGGACGACUUCUGUUUGUUACCUUUUCGCGAGGAAGUUUUCUCCGAGCGCGUUGCAGGCGCUGUUCUUGGUGGCGCCCAAGUAUUUGGGAUAUUAGCAGCUUCUUGGGGUUUUGUUUUGUUUUGUUUUGUUUUAUUUUCUUUUGUUUUA